CCCUCCUUUCUCCGCGACAACAAAGCCCGGUGCUUGAGGGGAAACAGAGCAUCCUAUAGCUUUGUCAAUGGCUCCGGGGAUGGACUCAACAACUGGCUCGUCUUUCUUCCCUGAGGUGGGUGCCAGCAUCCACCAACUGGAUAACCCAGAAUUCUACAACUGGAACAAAGUUGUAAUCCGCUACUGCGAUGGCUCCUCCUUCACCGGCAACUCCAAACUCUCUCUAAAUAAUAAAACACUAUAUUUCCGAGGAGCCAGAAUUUUCAAAGCAGCAAUGAAAGAGCUGCUACACAAGGGAAUGGCUUCUGCUACCAAUGCUCUUCUGGCGGGUGAGUCAGCAGGAGGGGUUGCCACGAUGCUCCAUUGCGACAAAUUCAGAGACCUCUUUCCCAGCUCCACUCGGGUCAAGUGCCUCUCCGACGCCGGAUUCUUUUUCCCCGCGAAGAGGCAUAACUAUGGGACUCAAAGCUAUUUCCUAUCCAUCUUUCAAGGAUUGAUCCAAUUACACCGGUCGGGCAAGGCCUUGCCCAAUUCUUGCACGCACAAAAUGAGCCCUGCUGCGUUGUGCUUCUUUGCACAAAAUGUGGGCAAAUAUAUUAAAACGCCCAUAUUUUUCAUAAUGUCUGAAUUCGACUUUAUUGAGACUUCGUAUACUACGGGAUUGGGAAAGUCUUAUUACGAUGUUUGCGUGAAUGCCAAAAAUUGUUCAUCCACUCAAAUCAAAAUCAUGCAAGAUUUGAGGAAGGAACUAUUGGACGUGUUGCCAAAAGAAAGCAAUGCUUCUUCUACUACACCAAACGGAUUCCUAAUCCUAUCCAAUCCCGCUCAUACACAUCUUUUACAACCUACUUGGCAUGAUGGUGCCAUUUCUGGGACUCAAGAGACGAUCGCGAAGCAGUUUGGAGAUUGGUAUUUUCGUGGAAAAAGUUUGCGAUUCAUACAAGAUUGCGCACACCCCUAUGGCUGCAAUUGAAAGCUCAAGCAUGGAACACGUUUAACAUCUACUCCGUAUUUAUUAUCUUUUCCUUUUAUUUUCUAUGACAUAUUUCUACGAGUACUUUAAUUUUUCAGAAAAAUGAAACUCCUGAGUUUCACUUUGUUGUAAGAUAUUUGUGGGAGCUGAGUACUUUAUUUUUAUUUAAAAUUAGUUUGUAUGACAUUAUAAUUACUUUAUUGUUGUUAUUGUUAUUUUAGAAGUUGUGUAGAGUUAAUUAGAAAAUUUAUAUAUUUAAAUGUUCUAUGAAUAUUUUUACAAAGUAAGAGAUGACAUGAUUAUAUACGUCUUAACAAAAAUUUAAGUCAAUG